AUGGCUCUGUGGUUUAGUUUUAUGGUAGGAAUUGUAGCUCUUCUUUCUGUUGUCGUAUUGCAACCCUACCAAGUACAUGCAAAUGGUGAUGCAGGCGCAGGCGCAGGCGCAGGGCACGACAAACAAUCAAAUGGCUGCAAUUACUUUCAUGGAAGUUGGAUAAUUGAUCCUUCAGAUAUACAUCCACUCUACGAUUCAUCGAAGUGUCCAUUCAUCAAUCGAGCAUUUGAUUGCCUGAAGAAUAGUAGACCUGAUAAAGAGUACCUCGGAUAUAGAUGGAAGCCAACUGGAUGUGACCUUCCAAGGUAA